CAACCAGACCCAUCAUCUUCCUCCUCCACACGCGCGCAUCAGUCACCGGCCACAAGCCUCCUCCCGCCCCAAUGGAGGCCGUCCUGCGACAUCCAUCCCUUUCCCGCCUCAAAGCCCCGAACCCAGCUGCUCACAGAACCCAGCACCUCUCCAUCACCGUCCCUCGCCGUUCUCGCGUCCCCAAGCGCCGCCUCGCCGCCGCCGCUGCGCUGUUCCAGGACCAGACCAACCCAAGAACCGCGGCAGCAAGCAAGGGGGGCGAUGAAGAAGACGAGGAGGGGUACGGAGAGGUGGACCGCAUCGUCUCCAGCCGAACCGUCAAGAACGCGGUGUUCGCGGAGGACGGCUCGGCCACCACCGUCACCGCCACCGAGUACCUCGUCGAGUGGAAGGACGGGCACGAGCCGACCUGGAUCCCGGCGGAGGCGAUAGCCGCGGACGUAGUGGCGGAGUACGAGACGCCGUGGUGGGAUGCCGCCAAGAAGGCCGACGCGGAUGCGCUGGGCGCGCUGCUGGCGGACGAGGCGCUGCGGCGGGACCCGGACGCCGAGGACGCGCAGGGGCGCACCGCGAUGCACUUCGCGGCGGGGCUCGGGUCCGAGGAGUGCCUGCGCUUGCUCGCGGAGGCGGGGGCGGACGUGGGCCACGCGGAGCGCGCGGGCGGCGGGCUGACGCCGCUGCACAUCGCGGCGGGGUACGGCCGGGCGACGGGCGUGCGCGCGCUGCUGGAGCUGGGCGCCGACGCGGAGGGCCCCGACGGGAAGGGCCGGACGCCGCUGGAGCUGGUGCAGGAGGUGCUGGCUGCGACGCCCAAGGGCGUCCCGGCGGCGUUCGAGCGGCGCCAGGCGCUCGAGGCGGCGGCGAAGGAGCUGGAGAAGGCCGUGUACGAGUGGGGCGAGGUGGAGAAGGUGGUGGACGGGCGCGGCGAGGGCAAGUGGCGGGAGUACCUGGUGGAGUGGCGCGACGGCGGCGACCGGGAGUGGGUGAAAGCGCCGUGGGUGGCGGAGGACCUGGUGAAGGACUUCGAGGCCGGGCUGGAGUACGGCGUCGCGGAGGCCGUCGUGGACAGGAGGCAGGCGGCGGACGGCGACGGGGACGGCAGGUGGGAGUACCUCGUCAAGUGGGUGGACACCGAGGAGGCGACGUGGGAGCCCGCGGAGAACGUGGAUGCCGAGCUCGUGCAGGAGUUCGAGCGGCAACAGCCGGGGAACGGUGGCGCUGCACCGCCGGCGGAGACAUUUGCCGGGUGACGGCGGCCGUCGAUCGUACUCGGUUCGCUCUUCGGUUUUGUCGUGUCGAUGGGACGUCGCAGUAUGUAUCCUUAGCGAUCGAAGAGAUUUUUGUGUGAUUAUAUUAAUUAAGAAAACAUCCCCAUGAGAUUUAGA